UUUAGUACCAAACGAAACCUUAUAAUAUUAGCUCUUGAUUCCCAUUUCCCAGCUGCAAUAAUAUUAUUCCUCAAAACCCUAGAGAAGUUUUACAUUAAAUCCCCCAAAAUUUACAGAGAAAAAUUAAAUAUGGAGAUUAAGCUGUUGUUUUCAGCUGAUAAUCCUCCAUUAUCAAUCCUCGCUGCUGCUAAAAUCUCUGGAAUUUCUUACUCCGUGGACUCGUCUCUUCCUUCUGCCUCUGUUCCUCAUUUUCUCUUCCCAAAUGGGGUGAAGCUGCAUGGAGUUUUUGUUCUUCUAAGAUACAUUGGUAGAGUUGCAAGUAAUUUGAAUCUAUAUGGGAAAGAUCCUUAUCAGGCUGGACAGAUUGAUGAGUGGUUGGAUUAUCUACCCAUUCUUGACAGAGGAUCUGAGUUUGAAACUGGUUGCAGCUAUCUGGAUACCUAUUUAUUGACAAACUCCUUUUUGGUUGGCUAUGAUGUGUCGAUUGCAGACAUCUUAUUGUGGGCUUCCCUUGCCGGUAUUGGCCUGAGGUGGGAGAGCUUGAGAAAAUCCAACAAGAAAUAUCAAAACUUGGUGCGUUGGUACAACUCUCUAAUCUCUGAAUUCAGCGUUUUGAGUGAAGUAGUGCAAACAUAUAUUGGAAAGAAAAGCUCAGGGAAGCCAGUCAGUGGGAAAUCAAAAGGUCAAGAGUCUCAGAAUGUAACCAAGACCACUGGUGGUGACAUCAAUGAAAAGGUGAAAGCACCUAGUCGAUCUGAAAUAGAUCUUCCUGAUGCUGAAGUGGGGAAAGUUUGUGUUAGGUUUGCUCCAGAGCCUAGUGGGUAUCUUCACAUUGGGCAUUCAAAGGCAGCAUUGCUGAAUAAAUAUUUUGCUGAAAGGUAUAAAGGUCGAUUGAUUGUGCGCUUUGAUGACACAAAUCCAGCUAAAGAGAGCAAUGAGUUUGUUGAGAACCUUCUCAAGGAUAUUGAGACUUUGGGUAUUGUGUAUGAUACUGUGACAUAUACUUCUGAUUAUUUCCCUCAGUUGAUGGAAAUGGCUGAGAAUUUGAUUCGUCAGGGUAAAGCCUAUGUUGAUGAUACACCUCGUGAGCAAAUGCAGAAAGAGAGAAUGGAUGGGAUUGAAUCAAAAUGUAGAAGUAAUAGCGUCAAUACAAAUCUUGAGUUGUGGAAAGAAAUGAUUGCAGGUUCUGAGAGGGGUUUAAUGUGCUGCGUUAGAGGCAAGCUUGAUAUGCAGGAUCCAAACAAAUCAUUGCGCGACCCAGUUUACUACAGAUGCAAUCCAAUGCCUCAUCAUCGGAUAGGGUCCAAGUACAAGGUGUACCCAACAUAUGACUUUGCCUGCCCAUUUGUAGAUUCCAUCGAAGGCAUAUCUCAUGCUCUUAGGUCCAGUGAAUACCAUGAUCGUAAUGCUCAAUAUCACAGGAUUCAACAGGAUAUGGGACUAAGAAAAGUUCACAUAUAUGAGUUUAGUCGACUGAACAUGGUCUACACUCUUCUUAGCAAGCGCAAGCUUCUCUGGUUUGUUCAGAAUGGAAAGGUGGAUGGGUGGGAUGACCCUCGGUUCCCCACUGUGCAAGGAAUUGUCCGUAGAGGGCUGAAGAUUGAGGCUUUAAUCCAGUUCAUACUCGAACAGGGGGCCUCCAAAAAUCUCAAUCUCAUGGAAUGGGAUAAGUUGUGGACCAUAAACAAAAAGAUCAUUGACCCUGUGUGUCCUAGACACACCGCAGUAGUUGAGGAGCGUCGCGUUUUGGUGACUCUGAUUGAUGGCCCUGAGCAACCAUUUUGUCGCAUAAUACCCCGUCAUAAGAAGUAUGAACCUGCUGGAGAGAAGUGCACAACAUACACCAAGAACAUAUGGAUUGAUAAUGCUGAUGCCGAGGUCAUCUCUGCCAAUGAAGAAGUAACUCUGAUGGACUGGGGAAAUGCUAUUAUUAAAGAGAUUAAGAAGGACGAGGCAGGAAAUGUAACUCAGUUAACUGGUGUUCUGAAUCUUGAGGGAUCCGUAAAAACCACUAAGUUGAAACUAACCUGGCUUCCCGAGACAGAUGAAUUAGUUAAACUUCAACUCUUGGAGUUUGAUUACUUGAUUUCAAAGAAAAAGGUGGAAGAGGAUGAGGAUUUUCUCGAUGUUCUAAACCCUGUCACAAAGAAGGAGACUUUAGCGGUUGGAGACGCAAACAUGCGGAAUCUGAAACACGGAGAAAUCAUACAGCUAGAGAGGAAGGGGUACUUCAGAUGCGAUGUUCCCUUUGUGAGACGCUCCAAGCCUAUUGUUCUCUUUGCUAUCCCAGACGGGAGGCAACAAAGCGUCUUGAGGUAACUUGUUGAAGUUCCAAUAAGCAGCUCUUUCAAUUUCAUGGCGUGAAGACGACAACUGGACGCGAAGGAGGCUAACUUGAGUGAGUUAUCAUUUCCUUUGAUCGAAGGAUGAGACUAAAUCUAUUGUUCUUGUUAACUUUAUCCUGUGUCCUGUAAGUCGAGUCCAAAAUUUGUUCUUUUGUACCAGACGCAUUGUGUUGGGUUUUUGUUUUCUUUCCAAGAAUUUUUCCAAAAACACUGGCAUGUAGCUUAAUUUUUUUUUUGGAUAUCCUUAUUUACAUUAUUAGUUUUGCGUCGCUGAUGAACACAUUGAAGAUGUAACGUUAGAGCUACAAAAAUUUACGGGAUUCUGCAAUUUUCUGUUUCGAUUAUCGAAUUUCAAUCGAACUCCGCUCCACCA